AUGCUCGCCGGCAAGGUGGACGAGGCCGUCAUCGACGUCUUGUAUGGAGCGAACCUCUGCGCCCUACGCAAGAGGGAUGGUGGCAUUCGUCCAAUUGCCGUAGGGACUACUUACCGUCGCACGGUAGCCAAGAUUUGCUUAAGUGCUAUUAAUUGUGAAUAUUUUUUGAAUAGAGUCAAUCACUAUGAGUAUUACAAAAAUAGGACAAGACCAUCGAAGGCUUUUACUAGUUUCUCAACGAAUUAUUUCAGUCAGAAUUCAGUGCAAACUUCAGGUAAAACUGAAAAAGUGCUUUGUGGUACAAGAACAGUGGAUUUUAACCCGAGAAGAACUGGCAAGAUUGUUGGAGGUACUGAAACGCCCUAUGGAGCUUUUCCGUGGCAAGUUGAAAUCCAGAUGCUAGAUGUGGACAAGUUGACGUUCGAGCAUCACUGUGGCGGCGCUGUCAUCGCCGAGCGCCUCGUGCUCUCUGCUGCACAUUGCUUUGACAAACAACCUCUAAACCUGGAGCAUAUACGUAUUGUGGUGGGAGAGCAUCGGCUGAAGAUCCAAGACAAACACGAGCAUCGGUUCCUGGCGGAGAAGGUGGUUAGACAUCCUGACUUCAGGAAAGAUGGUCCUCACAGCAACGACAUAGCAAUCAUCCUCGUCUCCCGCUCAGGGUCGGGCGUGCAGUUCAACUCUCAUGUCCGGCCUAUAUGCUUGCCUGAUGAUGGAGUGACGGCUGGGAAGUGGUGUGCUGUCAGUGGAUGGGGGUAUCAGGCUGAGAACACAGAGAAUUUUGCACCAACUUUAAGAGCGGCGGCUGUACCAGUUCUGGACCUCACAACGUGCAGGAAGAAUCAGGUCCUCGGUGGAAGACAGCAGGCGAUUUUAGACUCUAUGAUAUGCGCAGGUAUCCUAUCAGGCGGUGUAGACGCCUGCCGAGGAGAUUCAGGAGGCCCCCUGGCCUGCAUGACGGCAAACAGAUGGCAGCUUCACGGGGUGGUCUCUUGGGGCUCCGGGUGUGCCAGGAGGGCUCGACCUGGGGUCUAUACGAGGGUAGCCUCGUAUGUAGACUGGAUUAGAAGAACGGCGGCUAGCUUGGGUCAUAAGAUUGGGUAUUAGGUGUCUUCUGAAGGAUUAUUAUGGAAAUUGGGUGAGAAUUUGCCUGCAGCUGUCUCCAGGGUAUUUUUUGAUACUGUACUAAAUUUCAUGUCGACUGGUAAAAAACCUAGGUUUUCAAUGAAAGAUUAACAUAUACAAAAAAGCGGAUUUUCAGAUAUUAUUUGGAUCGUAAUCAAUCUAGAAAUGGCAAAAAAAUGACUGAUUUGUUUUCAGUUUUUAUUGAUAAUUUAUUUACGUUUGUAUCACAAUUUUAUAAUGGUGUUUUCUAAUUUAUUCAGUGUUGUUUUGAUAACAAAAAUAUUUAUUUUAUUUAGGCUACAUAACUGUUUGUGCCGUACAAAUACACAGUAGAUAAAAAUAGUUGAACAUAUAAUAAAAUCAAUUAUAAAAAUAAAAAAUGUUAUGUAGCGUAAGCCAGUUGAAAAAAAAAAGAAUAUAUUGACUUCAUUCAUCAAAAUCAGCUUAGUUCUGAUUGAGGAUCAAACAUGGACCGCUAAAAUCAUCCACCACUUUAUUUCUGUCACAGUUGGCUAAAACGUAAGACGUAAGACAAUACACAUUUUUAAAUACAUAGGUAUGCCCUAUUUAAUUAGAGCCCAAACCAUUGUUACUAU